UCAACUGGUUUUUUGUAUAUUUAUUGCAGAAUUCGCAAUUUUGCAUCCAUACGAAGAAGAGUGGCUAAAUGCCGAACGUAGAGUUAGCCCGCAGGUCCGGCAGCGACCCCUGAAUGCUUGCUGGCCGAAUCAUGGAAUCGCGAAAUGCCGGGAGAGUCGCGAUCGGCGUUGGGGCAAUCCAUAAUCCACCGAGAGCGGCGUAUAGCGAGGAAACGCGAAAUUUGAUUACAGUUCUGAUGGAAGAAUCCAAGCUGACUAUGAUGCAGAGAAAGUCUAUUCAAGAGGCAGUGGACAAAGGGGAAGCCCUGCCACAUCCUCAUUUGAAUGAUAAAAAAAAGUGCACACAGAAGUUUGCUGAAGCACAGGUAAUGUUUCCAUCUGCAUGGAGGAAACGAUCACAAGAUACAAUAGCAAGGAGUGGUGCCUAUGAGAGGGACCAAUUCAGGAGAACAGCUCCUCUACUUAACAAAGAAAAACAGAAGAGACAUCUUGCCUGCAUGAUGGCUUAUGGUCAGGACAUGCCACCCACGCCACAUGGGCCAAAGAUACUCCACAGAUCGAUGAAAAAAAACCAACUACCUGAAGAUUUUGAUCCAUGCGCCGAAGUGGUGAAGACUAUCGAGGAAAGGUUACAGUUCAUGAAUGAAAUUGAAGGAUUAGGUCAGGGGAAAAAGUACCGACCAAUAAUACAACAGGAGGUAGCCCAGAAGUUGACGCUGCUCAAAAAAAUGGAUAAUCAGAAAUCUGUGGGACUCGAGAAAAUGAUGGAUCAAUUCAGACUCGACCGAUCCACACCGAAGCCAUUUCCUAUGGCAGAACUCGACUGCUGAUAUCUGCAAUCUAAGGGUUGUUAAAUUCUAGCCAAUCGGUGGCAGACAUAUCAAUAGAGGCACAAAAUUUGUGUGUCACACUACAACAGGUCUUAGAAUUGAUACGGAAGAUCGUAUUGAUAAUGGAUGCAAAUAAAAUUUACUAAUUUCGUUCAAAA